CAAGUCCUUACUGAAAUUUGUAUGCCUCUUUGUACAAUGUUUGUAUUACUUAGUGAUCGAUAGUGGGGUAAACUGCGGGCAUUUGAUACUCACAUUAUAAAAUAAAAUGUUUUAAAAUAGUGUACACAAAUUUCUCGAACUGACAAGCGAUUGUGUAAUGCAUGAAGAAAUUACUUUCCAUAUAGCACUGUAACGUUGAGCUUUACAUUAUAUAUUAUAUUACUUUUUAAAACAGGCCAAACUGCAAAAAGUGUUUAUGGAUUGGAGACAUCAUAAUAAAAGAUACGGUCGCUGUUACUUACUGGAGCAACGAGAGCGCAUAUCGAUCGAGGGGCGUGGCAACGUAUAUCUGAAGAGAACGCAGACGCAGGUGCACGAGCUAUAUCGACGCAAUCUGGCCAAGGAUUCGGUGCCAGUACAAGCGACUUCCUCCUUGAGUGGGAGCAAAAUAGUCAAGACCAGCUUACAAGUGAAAGCGCUAAAUAAAAAGAUCGAAAAUGAAAUUGACAAAUUGAAGAACUUUCGUAAUUGUUUUCUGCACGAUAAGGCGAACAAUCCAGUGAAUCAGGACCUAGUGACACUUAAGGCAAUUCAAGCGACUAAAAAGAAAAGUUAUAAGCAUGAACAUAAACAAAUUACAAGCAAACAACAAGAGGAGCAGCAAAAGUCCGAAUUGGAAUCUUCACCCCGCCCAGAUCAAGCCUACUUUCGAACCAUGUACGUGAUUCCUACGCCCAAGCAAAGCGUAGACACAAAGCUGAAUAUCAAAAAGGUGGCAGCUGUGGACAGUCAUCUGGUGCCGGAAUCCAAGCAGGAGAAGCGCAUUAGUGGCGGCUGUGCAUUUGGCAACGUUGAGCCCAGCUCAGUCUAUAAUUAUGAUUAUAAUCGUCAGCAGCCCAUUGGCUUUGGCUACCGCUGUCCGCCUUGCCCAGCCUUCAAUGCAUCCUGCUGCCCUCAUCACUCACCUUGCAUAACACACUGCCUGCCAGGGAACUUUGCGCCCAAUCAGAGCUGCCAAUACGGCUUGAACUCGGCGGUGUUCCAUCAACCAGAAUGCAAUCUUUUCUGUGGCAAGAACACAGCGCAGCGUUGCACAACGGAUCUGAAUACCAACGAGCUGGUGCGUGGUCGUUAUCCGAGUGCUAUGCCCGAUUGCAAGGGUAAAUGCAAGAGCAAGAACACGCCUUGCAAAUGCUUUCUGCCCAAUGCUGAUAAGUGCAAGCAAGCAUCAGCAGCGCCUUCGCUUAAAGAUAAAUGUGCGGCCAUGAAGCAACAAGAACAACAGGAAAGAUGUGCUGCCCUGAAGAAACAACAGCAACGCAUGCGCAAGGAUCAGUGCUUUGGGGCCGAGGAGAAAAUGAUUGUGAGCAAUUAUAUGCCAGCGAAGCCGUGCCAGGAGGAUGAAGACUACACAGCUCUGGAACAGCCCCAUAUGCAUCGUCAAUAUUUUGAAAUGUAUAAGCACGAGCAAGACAGAUCUGCCGAAAAGGAUUCUAGCUGCUCCGUCUCUGACGUGGACAUCAGACCCACGUACACAAAGUUGCCCAACACGAAUAAAUUCGCAGCGAACAAACGCUCACACUUAAUCGACUCGUUGACAAAUUUAAAAUGCGACUAUGCGGAAUCCCAGGAAUCUAUACCACAUUAUAUAAAGCAAGAUCCAUGUGUCAUGAUGGCAGCCAUGGGCAAUUCACAUAAGGACUCCAAGUAUCCACCAAAAAUGCCACCAACAUCAAGACAACAAUCACCUGUGGCAAAUCGACGAGAACGCCAACAGUCGCCCAACUUUGCCAACAGAUCUUAUACUCCUCCGCCCAAGCAAGUUGGUCCAAGCGCAAACUGUGCGCCGGGAUGUCGCAACCCAACACCCACUCUUAAGUUACGUCCGGCAUCCCCAGCGGCAUCUCAGCGUCAAGGCUCACCAGACAGAGCUCCAUGUGACCCUGCUAGGUCACGCCAACAGUCACCUAAUUGGUAUGAUGAGAGAUGCUCACCCAAGCAGGCAACAUACAAUCAACAACAGUCUUCCAGGCCUUUGGAGAGGUCGUAUGAUGAUAGAUCCUCAGCUAAGCACGAAGCAUACAAUCUCCAGUCAUAUCCUUCAGAACAUGCGCAUCCACCACCGCCACCAGUUAAAGUGACCACCUCUGAGGAGGAGUGCGCCAGUACCAUCCGAAGAUGCAAGGAGCGUCAUCCGUCGCCUGGCAAUGCCAAGCAGAAGCAUCCUGGUAAACAAACGGGCGACAGACCAGCACGUUGUCGCUCUAAGUCACCUUGUGUGCCUGGUUGUAUCGACGCUAACAAUCAUAUGUCACCGCCUACGCAAGAAGGACGAGCAGCACAAAAUGAGUGUCGAUCACCGAAACCAACUUGCUUCCAAGAGCAGAGCGAAGAGCGUCAACCAGGAAGGCAUCUAGGACCAAUUCAAUCUAGAAGUCUGAAGCAAAUACCUGAAAUGUUUUCUCUACCGAAAUGUCCCAGCUCAGCUUCAACAGGUAGACUGCGUGAAAGAUCCAGGGAAAGAGGUAAUCAAGAUUGUCGGGAGUCUCCAAAACGAGGUAACCCUCAAAAUUCGAGCAAUAAAACUUGCUUCGACACAAGUCUGAGAUCCGAAGAAAGUGAGGAUAUGUUGCCAGCGCGUCUUAGAGAGCGCAUAAAGGAUAGAGACUGCAAUCAGUCGAGAGUUCCGCAGGAAUUGUUAACAAACUUGCGAAGUCAAUCACCCAAUAUCUCAUUCUUCGAGAAAAAGGUUUCGACUAUUAAGCGCGAGGAGCGACAAGAACAUGGUGAAAUCAUAUGUGACGAGCGAUCACGAUCGAGGAGCCGCCGACGACCAGCGGAGCGAACACAAAAUGUAACCAAAUGUGCAGACUCUUAUAACAAUGAAAGCAGAUCUUAUGAUAGUCCAACUCAUCAACGUGUUCCAUGUCAAGAUGACGCUAGCUUCUACGCGGAUAGUUCCAAUGCACUUCAAAAAAUAAAAAGACAAGCCAGAAGUCCUCAUCAAUCUCCUGAUAGAUCUCAGGGUCGUCAUCAAUCUCCCGAUAGAUCUCAGGGUCGUCAUCAAUCUCCCGAUAGAUCUCAGGGUCGUCAUCAAUCUCCCGAUAGAUCUCAGGGUCGUCAUCAAUCUCCCGAUAGAUCUCAGGGUCGUCAUCAAUCUCCCGAUAGAUCUCAGGGUCGUCAUCAAUCUCCCGAUAGAUCUCAGGGUCGUCAUCAAUCUCCUGAUAGGUCUCAGGGUCGUCAUCAAUCUCCCGAUAGAUCUCAGGGUCGUCAUCAAUCUCCUGGAAGAUCUCAGUGUUUUCCACAAAAUGAAACAUAUAGUCAAGCACCUGAUUGCCAAAAAUAUCGAAGCCCUGCUCCUGAUUACAAUGCAAGUAGACUAAAAAGAGAGAAAUCUCCUGAAAGAUCUCAAGGUUGUCCACCCUGCUCAUCAUCGCAGCCAUAUAAACAAAAUCAAACAUAUAGACAAGUAACUGACUGCCAAGAAUAUCAAAACCCUUCUCUUGAUUACAAUGCGAAUGGACAAAAACGAGGGCGACAAGUUGAAAAUUCGUUGUACGACUCUAACUGUGCGGAGCCUUACCGCAAUGCUGAAAGCGCUUAUACAGAUUGUGCUACACCGAGACAUAAUAGGCCCCAAUGUCAUAGCUUGAAAUCAUAUCCCUCAGGGAAUUCCAGAUGCAAAUCAGAGUGUCAAGACGUGAGCUACAACUCGCAAUAUGAGUCCACCAGGAAUGAGGUGCAACCUUGUGGCGAUUACUCUGACAGACAAGCAACGAACUUUUCAAAUUGCCAGGCAGCAUAUGCUAGCAAUGACAAUACUAUGCAAUAUUCGGAGCCUGCUACGUUUGGAAACUGUUAUCAGGAUAAUCCAAAUACAUUCCAGCGAGAAUGCUCAUCACGCAAUGUGCAGAAAAGUAAUUCUGAUAGCAAUAUUAGAAGACAAUGCGCAUCCGAGAAAAGCCAACACAUGCCUGUAUCUAGUCCAUGCGAAGAACCAAGACGUGAAGAGCCUCGCCAUACAAAUGACAGAGAUUGCCGCCCAGCCAACUGUGGUGCGAUGACUCUGUUUAAUCCAGAGUUACAUUCCACAGCAGCCUACGAUCAAGACUAUUGUACUUCACAAGACCCAACUGGCUAUGACCAAGUCAACAAUUAUAAACAACCAAGGAGCUGCUACCAAAAACAAGAUGACUGCGAUUAUAAUUCUACGAAAGCUAGGCCAGCGUUGGUUUGUGAAAAGCGCACACGUUCGGUGACCUUUGAGGAUGAAUGUGGCGUGACUGAGAAGAUUAAUUCGGUUGAGCACUGUCAUGAAAGCAUAGAUUGGGAGGGAUUGGUUGACGACAAGGACUUUGAGGAGGACAUGAAAUACAGCGAUGAUGAAAACUUGAUGGAUACGUGCAGGUCUAGCAAUACUGAGCUAACCUGCAUGGAGUCCGAAUAUGAGGAUGAAUACUUGAGCUGCGACGAAAACAAAUCGGCACAUGUCGUCGAUAAUCUGCCGCCCUUCACCGGCUGCCCAUGCAUGUAUAAGAAAUAUCUGAAAAUGGUAGGGAUAUGUAAGAACAAUCGCAAAAAUUAGCCUUAAAAUAGUUUUUAAAUUGUAUAUUUUUUACAAUAAUUGGUGCAUUUAAACAAUAUUUUAAACGCUUAAGCAUACUUAGGCAUAACAAAUGCAACAUUUUAUGAAUAAAAAUCUUAGAAAUGCUUGUGCACAAU